CUAAGUGCUGCCCACGGGAAAGAAGCUGCUGUUAACCUCUUCUAUUUUGCUUUAUUUCCUUUGGGUAUUAUGUGGAAAGCCGUGGCACUGGCUGUUUGUCUGCUGGUGGCUGGAGUUCAGCCCAUGGACAACCCAGCAUAUGGGGUGAAGCUAUGUGGUCGUGAGUUCAUUCGGGCAGUCAUCUUCACCUGCGGAGGCUCACGGUGGAGACGGUCACUCAAGAGUGCAGAUGUUUCAGAGGACCCAUUCAGCUCCCUUCAGGAGGAGUUCUCGGAGGGCUUGAGUCCCAAUCCUGUGGUGGAGGGCAUUCUCCAAAGAAACAGAGAUCUAACCUUCUCAACAAGAGACAACCACGAGGAAGCGUUUAGCAGACCGGCCCGUUCUUUCAUCACUGAGGAAAUCCUGGAAGCCCUACGCAAGGCUGACCGCAAGGGCCGGGACGUGGUGGUUGGCCUGUCCAACGCCUGCUGCAAGUGGGGCUGCAGUAAGAGCGAGAUCAGCUCCCUCUGCUGAGAGUCAGCCAUCGCCAUCUGAGUCAAUACAUCGUCAUUCUUACUAAAUACACAAGUACACAAACAGACACACAUCCAGUUUUUCUCUCUUUUUCCACUCAUGAAUUAUGGGCCAUUUCAUAUCCAGUCUCUUUCACUUUCUGAACUGUUUGAUUUUUCACAGUAUGAAGUGUAUAGAAAGGGCUGCCACGUGUUCAGAAAUGUUUAUAUAUAUUUCCUCUAGGCUUUGUAAUGAAAAGUCUUAAUUAGUCAAUCGUGAACAAGCUGUUUUGUCCUUCCCAACCACUAAACACACAAUAUGAAUGUUUUUUUUUUUCAUGACUGGCUGAAAUGUGCAUCUAAGAAUUCAAAGGAAUAAAAUGCUCUGUUAAUAUCAUUUGACAACAACUGCAUAAA